GCUCUUCCGGAGGGCGGAGAGUGUUCGUUCAGUCAGCCAGCCAGAGCCGCCGCCAGGCAGCAAGGGAGCGGGCGAUGAUGGAGGGGGGGAGCAGGCUUCCGUGGAUGAAGUAUGGCUCGGUUCUGUCACUUUUCGUGGUUCUGGUAGCCAUCUGGUUCCGUUCACCGCCGAACACAGUACUGGACGACCGGCUGGACACGGUGCUGUCGUCGCUGCUUCGGGCGGAGCGGAAAGUCGGGGUUAACGACGCCAGACCCAGAGUGGCAGUUGGUUUUGGGGGCUGUGUUGACCUCAUAGUAGACGCCGCGUCGUUUCUCAACAAGAUAGGCGUCUCUCACACAGACCAGCCGUUGCAUCACGACUAUCUAGAAAAUGCUGAGCAACUGGCUCAGAGCUUUGCCUACUUCUUUGCACCGGGAGCUGCAGCAGAGCGUUUUAUGAUUAAUGAAACCCUCUUUAGCGAGCUGGUGGAGGGCGCCCGGGACCUACCUGGCAACAGGUGGGCCGUAGGUGGCAACGCUCCUGUGAUGGCCAGCCGCAUGGCGACCGAGGGAUGUGAUGUGUUGUUAGGGGGAAGUUUCAGCACCGAUUUUACUGAAGUUCUGUCCCAGCACAUUACAGUGGCUGGUAAAGUGAUAGAAGAGCCAGACAUCCAUCUAAUCCUCGAAUAUUCAUCUGGCGCUAGCUGGGCGACCUAUACCUCGCGUAGAGCCAACAGAUAUAUCAUUCACAGUGAUGCUCACAAUCCCUACUUGGACUCCUUGGAUGAGUUUGCUGAGAAACUUAAAGACUUCCAACCUGAUCUGUUAAUAGUGGGUGGGCUUCAGAUGAUGGACAAUUUCCCCUUUAAUUCAGGUGAGCGAGAGGCGGUCCUCUCCCGGCUGGCCCACCUGCUGGACUCCUCGUCUCCUCAAAUCGGCAUCCAUUUUGAGAUGGCAAGUUUUGUGGACGAGAAUAUAGUGGACGACCUUCUUCACUAUGUCGUCCCCCAUGCGGACUCUUUAGGCAUGAACGAACAAGAACUCCCCAACCUCCUCAGCCUAAUCAAAGGGUCCAACAUCACCGUGCUGUCGGACCCAAACCCCCGCGUGGCUACUGUCCUCGAUCAGAUGAGGGAGGUUUAUCGCAUCCUGAACCAGCGCUACAAGGAUGCUAACCCGGACGGCGAGGCCACCGACGGUAAACCGAAGGGUAAGCCGCUGACGCGCCUCCACGUCCACACGUUGGCCUUUCAGGCCAUGAUCGUGACGCGCGGCUCUCAGUGGAAGAACACCAUGUCCGCCACCGCCAAGGCGUCGCUCACGGCCAACCGUCACGUCUGCGGUUCGAACGACAUCGACCUGAGCAAGGCGAGGCUCAUCAUGGACGACUCGUUCUCCGUCAGCCACCGCGAGGGCAGCCAGCGCAUCCCGCUGCAGGAGACCAGGCCGGUCAGCUGCUGGGACGAGGACGACUACCAGAUCUGCGUGGCGCCAGUGCUGGUGUGCACCGAAGUUUAUCAAACUGCGGGUGGGGGGGACAACGUCUCGGCUGCUGGCUUGGUUCUACAGAUUUAAAGGAGGACACUAAACGGUCGUUUUGACUCUGGAAACUUUAUUCUCGGUGUGCUGCACCCUACCCUUCAGGUACUGACAUGGCUACGAGGCUAAGGUCAUUACAUUCGUUGAAAAUAAGAAAAGCACGUUGUUAUCACUGAAGAGUCAGAUCAUGGAUAUUUCUGUACUUUGGUCUUACCUCUGAAGUGGAGGCAAUGGAAAACAAAUAAUUGUAGCCUUCUAAUCCAACUAGGCUUUCUUUAGUUUAAUCUCAAAAUUAGUGUAAUUUCCUUCUGUUUGACGACCGUCUCACUGAUUCACUUUCUCUAAUACAAUUUAGUUUUCCGUUUCGCUGAAACAUUUUUUUUCUAGUUUGGUCUUUAGUGAUAAAACAUCCAGCAAACACCUGGAUUGUGUUUCGCACUUAUAAAUCUGCUCCGUCAUCUGACUCUAGGGAUUUUAAUGGCUUGUUCUUGUACUUCUCUGAGACCUUUAAAAAAAAAAAACUAAAAAAAAACUUGACACUUGUUCUGGAUGAGAUGAAGAGGUAUGAGGAUCGGAUGUAAUCACAUAUAGAUCGUAGGUUUGUUUGCACCAAUCAACAGUUUUGUUUUGGUUUUUUUGACCAAGAUUUGCACAACCAUCUUUUGUAGGAUCAGUUCUAUUUAUAUUUAAACCUGGAGCGCAGCUAUGCAGUGAACUUUUGAAAGAUUCAGAAAUGAUUAAAUCUGUUUUCCGACAGGACUUGAAUUAGAGAUGCCUCACUUGCCUUUUUUAGCAAAUAAUUUAUUUUGUAGAUGGGACAAGUUGCGCGUGAAAACCUGUCAAAAUCAAACUCUGCCUCUUUCCUCUGCUUUCUCGUUCUCUGAGGUAAAUUCUCCGUGAAGCGCUCCCGUUUCUCCCUGUGUAUGUGAAAAUUGUGCAUAGUUGUUUUGGUAUAUUUGUGUUUGGACUGCAAUUUCUCUGUGGUUCAGUUGCAGUGAAAUAAUGCAACAAUAAUGUGGGGGAAACUACUUUGAGCUGCUGAUUCUAACAGUUUCCUCUGUAGCUCCACACUCUUAGUUUAGCCUUCCAGCGCCUUGUUUAUGGCUCUUUUAGGACCAAAUGACCCAUGUGAUUUGCCUUUAUCUCUCAUAAUGCUGAAAUAAGUGGAACAACACUUCAUCUUUAGUUGUUUUUGUUUUUUUUAACAGGGCAUUGUAAUCUGUACUUGAAACCAAUGUUACUCAAUAUAAAUGUAAUUAAUACUUGGGAGCAGUGGACCAUUAAUAAAGUAUAUAUUUCUACGUUUAGUCCCCCGUCUCCCUCAUAGCAGGUAAUGCGGUGCAAAACUCAGCUUUUAACAUCUAUAUGUAAAUUAAACAACAUUGGUGCUGGUAUCUGAUGUCCUUUCAGCUUUAAACCAAGUCAUUUUUUUUAAAAUAACACCUGUAGUUGGAUGUAGCGCAUCUAAUUGCAUUAGAUUUAUACAUAAAUGUUUUAUUUACUUGUGCAACUGAACCUUGAUUGAAAUUAAGCCAACUGUGCUAUUUUUUUCACUACGUACAAAUUUAACAUUCCAGCUGCUGCUGUUCUCUCCUCAAAGAGAGAAUUAAAUAUGUUUCAGCCCUAUUUGGAACAUGUCAAGUAAACAAUGUAUUUCUUGGUUAUUUUAUUUUUUUUUAUCUUGGUGAGCAAGAGCCACUUAAAACGUGGAACCGUUUUUGUUACAGAGUAUGAGGUCAGAAAUUGGUUAUGGAAAAAGUGUGGAAAUCCCUUUUUUAUAUUUUUAUUUGCGUAUCAAAACUCUUGAUAAUCAAUGAGGCUGAGGGUAAAUGAAUCUUAUUCUGUUUCUACUGUUGGCGUUUGGUAAAAUUGGGAUUCUUAAUAGAUCCUGUUUCUGUUUAUUUCUGUUUUUGGGUUUGUUUGUUUUUUUUUUCUUCGUGAAUUUUUCUUAAACUGUGAUUUAAAUGCUUAUUUGGCAGUUUUGGCAAUCCACUUUCCUGUGGAUUGAAAUGCUGUAGCAUGAAUUGAUGCUCACUGAGGGAAUUGUUUUUGUUUGUCAUUACGCUUACUUGAGCUUUAGAUAAGUCGUGUUGUCUGUUUGACAGCUGUACAACUUUUUUCAUGCAUGUGGAGUCAUUGCAGAAUCAUCUGAGAUAAAGUGCUAUGCUUAUCAGCAAUCA